GCGCCCAGCCGGAUAUUCACUGGACGCGAGGAUGUACUAAAGACCCUAGAAGUCUUCUUCUCAGAGAGACCAAAUGGCUCAAGUCCAAGAAGGGAAUUCUUACUAUAUGGAAUGGGAGGGGUCGGGAAAACGCAAAUUGCUUUGCAGUUCUCGCAGACAUACCAAUCUAGAUUCAGGCGCAUCUUCUGGAUUGAUGCGACCAGCAGAUCUACGGCCGAACAAAGCCAUAGAGGUAUCGCAGCCGAGAACAGUUUAGGGGAUCCGCAGAAUCGUGACCACAUUGGUCAAGUACUGCGGUGGUUGUCGGCUCUAAGCCAAGAAUGGCUUCUUCUCUUCGAUAACUUCCCGAGCAACGAAGAUCUAGCCGAUCUGAUGCCUAGUGACGAGUGCGGCAACAUUCUAUAUACAAGCAGAGAUCCCUCUCUUGGUCACUCUCUUCCUUCUGAAGCUAUUUCGGCGAUCAUCGAGAUGGAAAGAGAGGACGCUAUAACAUUGCUCCUACGAGCUUCAAGAGUUGGCCAAAGGGAAAUAGACGGGAAUCUACGCCAAAAGGCCUACCCGAUUUUAAAUGCGCUAGCCACCGAGAGCAAAUGAUGAGUGAUCGCACUUUCAAAGGCUCAUCACGAUACAAUCAAGCCGUGUAUACAGCCUAGGACAUCUCGUAUAAUACUUUAGAGAGUAUUGCGAAAGAUGGUGGUUAGCAAUCUGAAAAUGCAAGAGCUAGGCUAGCGCUCCUAGAUCUCUUUGCGUUCUU